CAUUUUAUUUUAAAGAUUACUUAUGGUGUUUUGGCAUUUCAGUUAUUGGAUGAUCUCGUCCUUAUCGAUGACCAACCAUCGGUUGAAGCACAGUCUCUACCGCUGCAGUGUCGCGUUAGCUUUGAUACCAAUUUUGAAGAUCGUAAUGCCUAUGUUACGGGAAUGUCGAAAUACAUCGAAGAAGCAACACGACAUGCCGAAUUUAAUACGCUGCUAAGAGAAGGUUUCAAACAUGCUGCUCAUUUAUAUACAUGGAGAUGUUGUUCACGUGCUGUUCCUAUGGCAAAAUCAAAUGAUCAGCCGAAUCGCGUGGAAAUAAAUGAGAAAGUUGUUGAAGUAUUAAAUCCUGAAGUGGAAAAACUUCAUCAGUUCAUGCAUUUUACCAAUAGAGCUAUUAGUCGUUUCUGUGAUGAAGUGAAACGGCUUUGUCAUCCUGAAAAACGCAAAGAUUUUGUCUCAGAAGCAUAUUUGUUGACUCUUGGAAAGACACUGAACAUGUUCGCUGUUUUAGAUGAACUAAAAAAUAUGAAGGCAUCAAUAAAAAAUGACUUUUCUACGUUCCGACGGUCUGCCCAGUUUUUGCAAGUAAUGUCUGAUACGAGAAUGAUACAAGAAAUGCAAAAUCUUAGUAUGUUCCUGGCAACGCAGAAUAAAAUAAAAGAUGCUUUAAAAUCUGAAUUACAGCUGAUCGCUGGUUAUGAGGAGUUAUUGGCGGACGUCGUAAAUAUAUGUGUUCUUCUUUUUGAAAAUCAUAUGUAUAUUACUCCAUCUGAGCGUCAUAUGUUUGUUAAAGUUAUUGCAUUCGCACUUUUCUUAAUGGAUGGUGAUGUUCCUAAUGUUGCUAAACUUGAUCAACGCAAACGAAUCAAUAUUUCCAAACUUGAUAAAAUUUUCCAGUCACUAGAAGUGGUACCAUUAUUUGGUGAUAUGCAAAUUCAGCCCUUCUCUUUUGUAAAGCGUUCGCCAUUUUUUGAUUCCUCAAAAUGGCCAUAUUCUUCUGUUGAAGGCGAUAGGUGUCAUGUGAAUAUAGCGGAAAAAGUUAAUACUAUAAGAGACCAUCACAUUGAAUAUGUUACUCAUCUUUCUCGUCUAAAUAAUGAGAUUGCUGUCUGUGAUAAAGAUGGACCUCGUUCAGAUGCUGAGAACAGAGAAAUUACGCAACUGUUGUUAAGUGGAAUACAAUUAUUAUGUGGUUGGACUAGUGAUGUUGUCGAGACAGUAUCUUGGAAACUUCUGCAUCCCACUGAUCACCGGUCAAAUCCAGAAUGUCCUGAAAAUGCUGAAGAAUACGAACGAGCUACAAAAUAUAAUUAUUCGUCUAAUGAAAAAGCUGCUUUGAUUGAAACAAUAUCCAUGAUCAAAAGUGUCCAGUCGAUGUUGGGAAGAAUGGAGUCUACUUUGAAUAUGGCUGUUCGAAGGCAUAUUUAUGCUGAGUUGCAAGAUUUCGUUCAGCUUACUCUUAAAGAACCUCUUCAUAAAGCUUUGAAGAAUAAAAGGGAUCUAUUAUCGAGCAUAAUUCAGUCAGUUUGUGAUACUUGUGUUGAUAACCGUAUGGGUCAAAAACAGCGACAAUCUACAGUGGGUUCUUUUAGUGAUAUACGGCAGGCGCGACGUUCCAUCGCCCCAAGUACCACGCAGCUCUAUAUGGCGCGAACGAUGACGGAGUCCUUGAUUUCUGAACGAAGCGGUAGUCGCCGAGUUUUGAAAAAGGAUAUUGAAGCAAAAUAUGUUGAUAGAAUCGCAAAUUUUCUUCGAAUGAGCUAUCAUUGGCCUUAUUUAUUGUCCCUUUCUGAAACAUUAAGUGAAUGUUGUGAGCUUUCCCAGCUGUGGUUUCGCGAAUUUUACUUGGAAAUGACUAUGGGUAGAAGAAUUCAAUUCCCUAUUGAUAUGUCAAUGCCAUGGAUUCUUACAGAUUAUAUUUUGACCAGUCAAGAUCCUAAACUUAUCGAGUGUAUACUUUAUCAACUUGAUUUAUAUAAUGAUGCGGCUGAUUAUUCACUAUACAAAUUCCGUAAGCAAUUCCUAUAUGACGAGGUUGAAGCCGAAGUAAAUCUUUGUUUCGAUCAGUUCGUUUUCAAACUUAGUGAAUCAGUCUUCACGCAUUAUAAACAAAUCGCAUCUUGUAUGCUACUGGAUAAGCGUUUUAAAGGAGAUUGUCAUGCACUAGGAAUAUCCAUUCGAGUUCCUCCAUAUGCUCGAUAUGAAAGCUUGUUAAGGCAGCGACACGUCCAGCUUCUUGGCCGUUCAAUUGACCUUAAUCGUUUGAUAAGUCAGCGUAUAAAUAUAGCCAUUCUUCGAGCUAUUGAUAUUGCUAUAUCAAAAUUUGAAUCUGAAGAAUUGUCAUCGAUUGUGGAAUUAGAUGGUUUAAUUGAAGCAAAUCGUCUUUGUCAUAGAUUGCUCAGAGAUCAGCUUGGAUCCAUUUCCGAAUUUUCAGAUCUUUUCCUCGAAGCAAAUCAUAAUGUAUCUGUGCCAUAUGGCAGAAUAACGCUUCAUGUGUUUUGGGAGCUAAACUGUGAUCUCAUUUCGAGUUAUUGCUAUAAUGGCUCUACUCAAAGAUUCGUAAAAUCAAAAUAUACUGUGCGCAAGCCUCCACAGCGAGAUCGACCUCCUUCUGCCUCUAUGCAAUAUUUUUGGGGUUCUAAGUCACUUAAUGCUGCUUUUAACAAUAUUUACUCCUUAUAUAAUGGCUUCACUGGCAUGCCUCAUCUCAAAGCAAUGGCGAGAUUGUUGGGUUACCGAGGAAUAGCUGUCGUUCUCGAGGAAUUGAUUAAAAUGGCUCGGAAUUUGAUUAAUGGUUCAUUACGCAGUCAUAUUCGUUCAAUUUUUAAUUUAAUGCCAAAAAUUUGCAAACUUCCUCGUUUUGACUAUGGUUCACCUGCUGUUCUGGAAUAUUACAUUGCUCAUUUGGCUAAUGUAGGUCGUUAUCCUGAAUUAAAAAAGGAGCUUUGCGAGGUGUUGCGAGAACUGGGAAAUAUAAUUAUAUUUUGUUUGCAACUUGAGCUUGCUCUAACGCAGGAAGAAGUUUUAGAUUUGCUAACAGCUGCACCUUUUACAAACGUCAUUCCACGUCCACCGGAAUUGAAAAUGAAAAAAUUGGAGCAAAAGUAUGCUCAUAUAUAUGUAAUAUAUAAACGAAUUUUAUCGCAGCAAACUGCAAUUUCUCGUGAAGCUGAAUUAUUGACGAAGGAGCGCCUAUGUUGUGGGCUCAGUAUUUUUGAAAUGAUUUUGUCCAAGUUAAAAGAAAUCCUAAAUGCUGAUACUGUAUGGAGCGGUGGUUUUCCGACUAAUGGGGUGAUGUGGUUGGAUGAAUGUGUUGAAUUUCAUCGUGCAUGGUCAGCAUUACAAUUUUUCUUCUGUCAGCCAUCUUCUAUUGCUAUUUAUGGUGAUGGUCCUCACUGGGCUGGCUGUACAUUAAUAAUGUUGCUAGAACAAAAUCGUCGUUUUGAAGUACUAGAUUUUUGUUAUCAUUUGUUAAGGGUGCACAGAGCAGAUGGCAAAGACGAUACUAUCCAUGGAAUAGUAUUAAGUCGUAUGGUGGAACGAAUUCGUAGAUUCCAGCUGUUGAACAACCAAAUAUUUGGAACAUUAUUGAAUUAUACACAAUCAGUAAAUGACAGUGGCGAAGAAUUUUUCGACGAAAAAAUUCGUGAAUUCGCACCUCCUAUGCAUCAUUCUAUUGCUCGAGAUUUUCCCGUCAGCGAAUAA